GUUUGGGUUGCUGAUCACGCUGGGAGAGGCGUUCGCCUAUGUCGUCAGCGGGAUGUACGGCGAUCCGCGAGCUCUUGGGAUGGGCACCUCUGCGCUGAUCAUCGCGCAGCUGUUUUUUGCCGGAGUCAUCGCCAUUCUGUUAGAUGAGCUGCUGCAGAAGGGAUACGGACUGGGCUCCGGUAUCUCUCUCUUCAUUGCCACGAACAUCUGUGAGACCAUCGUGUGGAAGGCUUUCAGUCCGACGACCAUCAACACUGGGAAAGGCACCGAGUUCGAGGGCGCCAUCAUUGCUCUGUUCCACAUAAUGAUCUCCAGACCAGACAAGAAGUUAGCACUGUCGGAAGCAUUCUUCCGACAAACUGCUCCCAACAUCACCAACCUCAUAGCGACACUCUUUGUCUUCUUCAUUGUUAUCUACUUCCAAGGUUUUCAGGUGGAUUUGUCUUGCAAAUUCCACAAGAUCCGCGGCCACCGCGGCAUCUACCCUGUCAGAUUAUUCUACACCUCCAACAUCUCCAUCAUCCUCCAAACAGCUCUUGUUUCUAACCUCUACUUCUUCUCCCAGCUGCUGUACCGGCGGUUCAAAUCGAACAUGCUGGUCAACCUACUGGGCCAGUGGGAAGAUACAGACUAUGGCGGCGAGUCCAUACCAAUAGGAGGACUCGCCUACUACAUUUCCCCUCCCAGCACCUUCGCCAACAUCAUCGACGAUCCCCUCCACGCCUUCUGCUACAUACUCUUCGUGCUCCUUUCCUGCGCGAUCUUCUCCAAAUACUUCAUAGAGGUUAGUGGCUCUUCCUCGCGAGACGUCGCGAAGAUGCUGAGAGAUAGACAAAUCAUGUUCAAAGGUUACCGGGAGAAGUCUCUCCUACACGUCUUGAACCUGUACGUGCCCAUUGCAGCCGCCUUUGGGGGGAUGUGCAUCGGCAUGUUAACUAUCGUCGCCGACUUUCUGGGCGCGAUCGGGUCGGGGACCGGCAUCUUGCUGGCUGUGACCAUUAUCUACCAGCACAUGGAGAAUGCCCAACGUGAAAGAGAGCAGUGCACGAUGCUGUUCUGA